CCGUCGGAUAAUUAGUUAAUCCGGUCACCGGGUUUAGGUCCAAAAUUUUACAGAGCCGCCUGCAAUUUCCCAAACCUUCACCGAAACCACCGGGCAACACCACAGCAAUGGCUUCAAGGUCGGCUUUUCACCUGCAAAGGCUCCAGAGGUCCUCGGUGCUUUGGAAUUGCCGCUGCCCACCACUACGGUACCUGCGGCAGCCAAUUCCGGCGCUUCAACGAUAUCAAUCCGAUCAAGGUACAUCUGCACCACCACCGUCACCACCAUCACCACCAGCCCCACCACCAUCACCACCAGCCCCACCACCACCACCUCCACCGCCGCCGACACAGCCCCCACCACUACCGACACUAAAACGAACCCCGAUAACCACCAGACCUGUGAAAGUGAAAGGCCCCGCGCAACAGCCACCACAGAAAUUCAUUCCGCCGCCGCAAUGUCCCGGCUGCGGCGCACCGAGCCAGCAGAUCGACCGCAGCCUCCCGGGGUGGUAUCCAGAGAAGCCAGAGAAGCGAUUGCGUACGGUCGAGACGAUAAAGGCUGUAAACGAAGACGCGGUGUGGAAGGAAGCGCUGAAGCGCGCUGAGGGGAAUCCGAAUUUGCUGGAGCAGCUGGGAAUCACAGAAGAGGAUGGGUCGGAGGCGCUUGAGAACACCACCUCCGGAAGAGAAGGGGCCGAGAAUGGCUCUGGUACUGCGCUGCUGCCGCCGGUUUGUGAUCGCUGUCACCACCUUAAGUAUAACCACCACGGGCCGUCGCUGCCAGCAUACCCGACGCUUCACACCCUAUCGUCGCUGAUCCUGAACUCGGGCCACGAGCACAACCACAUCUACCACCUCGUCGACGCGGCGGACUUCCCCAUGUCACUGCGCACCGACCUGCGAAACCACCUCUACAAAACGCUGCCGAAGAAGAUCACUCGGAACUUGACUAUUUCAUACCUCAUCACCCGGUGCGACGUCCUCAUGCCGCAGCGGGAACAGAUUACCUCGCUCAUGUCGUACUUCAAGUCGGUCAUCCGGGACGUUCUGCCGCCAGAUGAGAAGAUCGAGGGCAGUGUCUAUUCCGGAACGAGGCUGCAUGCCAUCUCGACGCGCGUGGGAUGGGAUAUCGGCGAGCUCAAGGAGGAGAUCUCGGCACGGAGAGGUGGAGUCUGGUUUGCCGGCGCGGUCAACGUUGGCAAGUCCAGUCUCUUGCGGGAUAUCUGGCCCAUGAGCGGCGAGUUGCGGCCUGUGUCGCUGGAAGAUGCUGCGGAGUUUGAGAUCCUGCCCGCGGAAGACAGCUCGUGGAACCUGCCAGAUCCUAGGGAUGUAGAGGAAGGGGAACUGGAUAGAAUCUUGAACCAAGCCCGAGCACAUCACUCAGGAAAGAGAGCAGCGCCACACGUAGCCCCGACAGUAUCAGAAGUCCCCGGAACAACGGCGGCGCCUAUCCGUGUCUCGUACAAAUCUGCGGGCAGAGGAGGGAAGCUGCAAGGAGAAGUGGUGGAUCUGCCUGGAUUCGAGAGAUGGGUCGGGUUUAAAGAGACGGGCCUCAUGAAAUAUGUGCGGCCAAAGAAGCAUAGGUUUUUGGUGAUGAGGGAGAGGGUCAAGCCACAGCAGUACAGCAUAAGGCCAGGUCAAUCAUUGCUCAUCGGCGGUCUCAUAAUGAUAACCCCUCUGUCUCCACAUGCGGUCGUGUUGGUCAACCCCUUCACCACACUCCCCGUACACGUCUCAGCCACCAGUAAAUGCAUUCGAUUUAUGAACAACCCGAAUCCCGAGAAUGGAAUCCAGUACCGGGACAAUAUGUACCAAGACCCGGCAACCACUGGCAUACGACCCAUUGAUGAAACGCUCGCCCCACGCAGCGAUGAUGAAAUAGUGUCGAAACGCGAGGACUUUGAAAUGGCUGAAGACUGGGCGUCUGAUAAAGUGGCCGUGGAGCCAACCGAGGGCCUUCCCACCGUCUACAAAUCUGCGGGAGUCUUCACGCUGACGGACGACGUCACGACAAAGCGGAAUCCAAUGCUUGACGACAGGUCGCCAGAGGCCGUCGCCCAACUGCCAUACAAAGUUCUGGCAACAGAUAUACUGCUCGAGGGACUCGGCUGGGUCGAGUUGACUGCCCAGGUACGAAACCGGCAGGAUAGGGGCUACCAGACGGUAGAUGUUGAAGUCUUCACGCCCGAGGGCAAGGGAAUCGGGCAGAGGAAAACAAUGAGUGCAUACAGGAUUCUUGAGGAGGGUGCAAGACUACAGGGCUUGCAACAUAAGACGGCACGGCCGAGGGGAAGUAUGAAGGGUAAAAAGAAGAUGAUGAAGAAAAAAGCACGAGCGUGAACAGCAUAAUUGUGAUUUUAGACUUUAUGCACAAUAGUAUUUCACUAACCCUAUGUACCUGGGGUGAAAGAGAGAGAGAAGGCAUACGACCUGGUGUGAACUUGAAUUAUUGGCUUCCAAGAGGAAGGGAACGGGUG